AUGUAUAUGAAGUUUGACAUUUUUUGGGUCCGGUUCUCGGUUCAAACCCUUGCUGAACCGGAACCGGACCAUUAUCGGACCGAACCGAUGGUCCGGUCCACGGUUCUGCUUACUGAGAGAACUAAAUCGAUGAGAACCGGACCAAACCGGACCUGUCCAUCACUAGCUCUGAUUGAAUACCUUCGCCUCCACAUUCCCGGUGAUGGGACAAACUUCAAGAAGCAAGCUUGGCAUGGUGCUGCCGCUCAUCUCAAGGAGAGGUUUCCUGAGCAACUGGGUGGCGAGAAAACACAAUCAAGCUGUCAAACUAGAUGGUCAAAACUCAAAAGUUCUUAUCACACUGUUGUGGACAUCAAGAAUGCAUCUGGGUUUGCGUGGAGCGAUAUAGAUGGCGCAGGGAUUACUUUGGAGUAUGAAUCUACAUGGACAAACUUUCUCAAGAGCCAUAAGAACGCAGGCCCAUUCAAAAACACAGGAUUCCCUCAUUUUGACGCCAUCCAUCAGAUGUUGCCAAGGAAGAGCAAGGGCACUUGGGUCCACCGCAAUAACCCCCGCCAGCCUGCUGGCACUGCAUCUUCUGCUGUCCCUGCUGUAGCUCUUCCUGAGGCUAGUACUGUGCCACCGCAACCGCAACCACUUACUGCAUUAAACCUCAGCCAGCUGACUGCGGCUGCCAACGAAAUCAAUUCUCUUCCAUCUCACAUCCAGUCUGCUAGUGGCUUGCCGCAAGACAUUCCACCAUCAUCGUCCGCUGUCCCAUCCACCUUUCUUGCGGCUCAGACUACUACUACUGGCUCGGGAGCUACGUCCUCGGUGCUCACGAGUGUCAGUCGCCAAGAUAAGCGCAAAGUUAGUGCAAUAGGCUCAGAGGCUGCUAUGAGUGCACCAAAGCGGUCUCGACCUGUUUCAGCAAGUGUACAGGCCCAGCAAGAUGGUAACAAGGCAAUGAAUAACCUCACGACCACCAUGGAGGAGAUACGGCAAACAUAUGCCAGAACAUCUGCGAGAGCUUCCGCAGAGGACUUUGGCCGUGCCGUCUCCAUGGUCUCCCAGUGUGCAACACUAUCUAGUGACAAAAGGAUUGACAUUAUAGACUUCCUUGGACUAGAUGACGAGCAUGUCGUGAAGUUUCUUAAUAUGGAUGAGAACCUUCAGUCAUUGUGGGUGCAGGGGUGGCUUGCUGAUAUUCAUACUGCAACUCAGUCAUAA